CCCUGGUACCAACACCGCCGUCAACAAUAUUCUGGCGGCGGCUGCUAGGGAGAUGGAGGAAGCCAGGCAUGCAGCUAGAGCUGGGGAGAGAGUCGUGGCUAGCAUCCAGACUGAACAGGAGCAAGCCGCUGCAGCGGCGGCCGCGGCAUCGUCGACGUCCAACGACAUCAAGCGUGACCCGGACGAGGACCGCCCCAAGAAGCGGGUCUCCAUCAUGUCUCCCGAGGACGACAAGCUGCGCGCCAAGAAGAAGAUGACCGUGCGCUUCCAAGAUGACAGCAAGACUGACGAGCGCCCCAAUAAAAUCACUUCACCGGGCGCCCCCAACGACACUCACAAGUCGGACGAGAAUGCCAAGACGGGAGGCAUCAAGGUGGUGCAGCUGGCUGUACUGCAGAAGCCGACCAACAAUGAGCAUGAUGAUUCUGAUGAGAAGAACAAGCACAUGAUGGACGACGACGAGGAAACCGACUCUAGUGGGUCGGUGUCGGACUCCGCCGCCAACGACUCGCAGGAGGGCCGGCCCCAUGUCUGCGACGUCUGCGAUCUGAGGUUCCAACGCUCGUCGCACCUGUCGCGGCACAAGCUGACUCACACGGGCGAGCGGCCGUUCACUUGCGGCGGCUGCGGCCGUUCCUUCGCGCGCUCCGACAAGCUGCGUGUUCACACCAAGAUCUGCGAGCGCGAGGACCCCACCGUAGACAUGACCAACGAGUCGACCGCGAAGCGCGAGAACAGCUCUGAAGUGAUGUCCGGCAUGGUCCGGACCACCCACCGCGAGUCCGGACACCUGGUGUUCACGCCCAGCGGUGACGUCAUGCUGCCGCCGCGCGCCAACAGCCUGCUGCUCAACUCCUCGCUGGAGCCGGCGCGCGAGCUGCCGGGCGAGCUGGUGGACCCGCCGCGGCGCGGUCGUGGCCGGCCGCGCAAGACGCCGCUGCCGCUGACGCCCAAGAUCAAGAAGAAGCGCGGCCGCCCGCCCAAGACUUCGCUCGACAUGGAGGGCUGCGUGCUGACCAGCGGUACCGUGAUGGGUCCGAGCCCGCAGCAGGCGCCGCAGCCCGUCGCGCACAUGACGCCGUCCGGCCAGCAGCUCAUGCUCAAGCGCAAGCGCGGCCGCCCGCCCAAGAACUACCUUAUGCCGCGCCCUGGUAAGUGCCUUAACGAUGUGACUGCAGCCGCUGUAGUGAAAUACCCAGCCAGUAGUUUAAAUAGUAGGAAAUUCAUACCCAAGAGAAGCGCGGCCGCCCGCCCAAGAACUACCUUAUGCCGCGCCCUGGUAAGCGACGUUACUGAACCAACAUAGUAUGUCCAUGACCUAACUGUAAUAAGCUAGCAAUAAAAUAAACCAUGUGACAUCACCGAGCUAGCAUAAAACUAAAACACCCAUAAUGUAGUCUAUACAGCUCAUGUUUAAAAGAAGCGCGGCCACCCGCCCAAGAACUACCUUAUGCCGCGCCCUGGUGAGUGCCUUU